AGCUGCGCUCGCAGCCGGACAGAUGGACGGCCCCUCCGAGCAGGAAGACGGAGAUGUGGUGAGCCUGGCCUCGCGGCUGUCCGACAGCAAGGCCAGGUCCGGCCCCCAGUCCUCGGCCGAGCUCGCAGAGCCGGGGCCGGAAGCCGUAGAGACUUCGGAGGGGGGCGCCGCCGCGGCCGAGUCGGCCGAGCCCCCCGAGCAGGCCAAGCCCCCUGAGCCUGUCGAGCCCCCCGAACCCCCCGAGCCUGACGAGCCCCCCGAGCCGGCCGAGCUCGCCGAGCUCCGGGAAGGACCGGCGGACACCGAGGCUGAGGGCGAGGCUGAGGGCGAGGCUGGGCCUGGAGAGCGGGAGUGGCCGGCCGAGCCCGAGGCCGAGCCCGAGGAGCCAGCUAAGCAGGGGUCCGAAGGCGGGCCCGAGGAACCCGAGGAGGAUGAGAGAGAAGAGACGGAGGAGGAGGAAGAGGGGGAGGCAAGGAGGAAGAAAGCCCGGUCCCAGGUCUCUCUGCCUCGGUCCGCGAGCGGCCGGGAAGAGGCUGUGCCAGUCCCGGAGGCUGAGCGGGAGGGAUCAGAGGAGGAGGCAGAGAGCGAGAGGAAGACUCUGGAAGGAAGCCCCGAGAAAAGCGAGUUCGGGCAGGACGAUCUGGACGAGGAACUCCAGGAUGAGGACUUGGAAUGGACCGAGGAGGUGCAGAUGCAGCAGGAACAGCAGCUGCGCUCCGAGCUCCUGGAACAGUACCGCACCCUGAUGGCGGAGCGGAGCCACUACCAGCGCUACAACGCCUUCGUGCAGCAAAAGAUCCUCGACGCGCUGCGCAAGAAGAAGGGCCUGGAUGCAGCCGAGGUGCCCGAGAAGGGCGCGGAGCCCGAGGCCCCUGAGAAAGAGGCAGCAUACCUCCGUUGUCUGGCCAUGCUGGAGGAGCUAAGGAAGCAGCAGGCUGACGACCUGGACUGGUAUCACCAGGAGCUGGACCAGCUGAAGCAGCAGUGCAAAGAGAAGCUCUCCAGGGUGGAGAAGGAAUGGCGAAGCUUCCAGGCACUCAAGAAGCAGGUGGUGAUGCAGGCCAUGGGCAGCUGUUGGAUGAAGGGCGGUCGCCAGGCCGCUCUUCGAGAGGUGGAGCAGAUCCAGGCGCUGGAGGAUAAGAAGGAGAAGGAGAUGAGCGCCGUGAGGCUAGAGAAUGUGCAACUGAAGCAGAGCCUAGUGCAUUUUGAAACCAGGAUGAGGGCUCAGGAGGACACCACCGAAGGCCUGUUUCUCAUCGAUUUUGAACAGCUUAAGAUUGAGAACCAGACCUUCAAUGAGAAAGUUGAGGAGCGAAAUGAGGAGCUUUUGAAACUGCACAGCAAGGUGAACAACAAUGUGCAAAUCAUUACCCAUGUGAAAGAAAAGUUACACUUUGUGGAUAUUGAAAAUGCAUGCAAAAAGUCACAGCUUUUGGAAAUUGAGGCUCAGGUGGCCCUGAGGAGGGACAUCUUGACCAAGACAAAGCAAACUCGAGACAGUCUGCGGAUUGACAACAUCAAGCUGAAUCAGAAGUGUGGGCUUCUGGGCAAGGAGUCACUCCUUCGGGACCUGGAAGAGAAGGUAGGCAGGACUGAGCAGCUCAAGGAGCACUUAGAAUUCCUGAAGCGCCACCAUGCUGGGCUCACCCUCUCCAGCAGAGGAGUGAAGCAGAAGAUCAAGGAAGCCAGAGCCUUCCUCCCCUCUUGAGAAGAGUCAGCAGAACGGCUUCAAUCUCAGCGAACGUUCUUCUUUGUUAACUUUUAUCCCCCUCCCCUUUUCUUGCCAUUCUUUAAAAGGCUUAUAUUUAGAAUAGAACUACAUUUUGUAUUUAUCUCAUAAUUUUUCAUCUUCCAAAUGAGUGCUGAGCACAAAAUUGGGUUUAGCAGUUUGAUACAGGGUCAAACAAAACAGGUCCAAAGCAGCAAAAAACAGGUAAUGUACCCGACUUCCCAGGAAAAGCUGUCAAAAGCGUUUUAUAUCUGAGCAACGUAAUUUCAAUGACCCGAUACUGAACACUGUUCAGUAUGUAGGAGGACUCAACCAAUGGGCAAAAUAUCCCCCAAAUUCCUAUGCUAAUUAUUAAAUCUCUUUGAAUUUAUUAAA